GUCUCACUCUCACAUAGGCGUUCCUCCAUUUUGUGCUGCAAAACUGCUGUCUGCUGGUGAGGGAUCUUUUAUCAAAACGCAGAGACAAUCUGAAGAGAUGGGAGAGGAACAGAUUGGAAUUGCCAAAGAUGUCACUGAACUGAUUGGCAAAACUCCAUUAGUAUACUUGAACAAUGUUGUUGAUGGAUGUGUUGCUCGUAUUGCGGCCAAGCUGGAAAUGAUGGAACCAUGCUCUAGUGUUAAGGAUAGGAUUGGUUAUAGUAUGAUCACAGAUGCUGAGGAGAAAGGACUCAUCAAACCAGGGGAGAGUGUCCUCAUUGAACCUACAAGUGGAAACACUGGUAUAGGGCUGGCAUUUAUGGCUGCUGCUAAGCGGUAUCGUCUUAUCAUAACAAUGCCUGCUUCUAUGAGCCUUGAGAGAAGAAUUAUUCUCCGUGCUUUUGGUGCUGAGUUGGUGCUCACUGAUCCUGCUAAAGGAAUGAAAGGCGCUAUUCAGAAGGCUGAGGAGAUAAAGGCCAAAACACCUAAUUCCUACAUUCUUCAGCAGUUUGAUAACCCUGCCAACCCAAAGAUACACUAUGAGACCACUGGACCUGAAAUUUGGAAGGGAUCAAAUGGGAAAAUUGAUGCCCUUGUCUCUGGAAUUGGUACAGGAGGCACAGUAACUGGUACAGGCAAAUUCCUUAGGGAACAGAACCCGAACAUAAAGCUCUACGGAGUGGAACCAGCUGAAAGUCCUAUUCUUAAUGGAGGAAAGCCUGGUCCACACAAGAUCCAGGGAAUUGGAGCUGGGUUCAUUCCUGGAGUUUUGGAAGUUAAUCUUCUUGAUGAAGUAAUUCAAAUUUCAAGUGAUGAAGCCAUAGAAACUGCUAAGUUGCUUGCUGUGAAAGAAGGGCUACUUGUGGGAAUAUCAUCAGGCGCUGCAGCAGCAGCUGCAAUUAAAAUUGCAAAGCGGUCAGAGAAUGCUGGGAAACUAAUUGUUGUUGUUUUUCCGAGCUUUGGAGAGCGGUAUCUUUCUUCUGUGCUCUUUGAGUCUGUCAGACGGGAAGCAGAAAACAUGACCUUUGAGUCUUGAAUUUCUUGUAUGGCACUACAGACUCAUAUCGUCUUCACUUGACGCACAUCAAAUUCUGAGCUAAUUGCAGCAGCCUGUUUCUGUUUUGUUUUGUGAAGAACACAUUGAUGGUAAUGGAACUGGAUCCACACCAUGUGAACAGCAGCAUAAAACCCCGUUUGAAAUAAAGAUGCUACUUUUCUUAUAAAAA